GGCGGCAGCGCUCGCCAUUGCCGCUGGUGGCAGGAGGCUGCGAGGAGCCGGCGCGGUCGCAGUCUCCACGGCGCAGGCCCACGGUAGCGCAGCCGCUCUGAGGUACCUUCCCACACAGGGCACUGUGACAGACACAGGGUUGUAAGCUGUAAUGUGGAGACGACUUUCCUCUUUGACAGUAGAUCUUCAUGGAGGAACACGGAGUAACCCAAACUGAACACAUGGCUACCAUAGAAGCCCAUGCGGUGGCCCAACAAGUUCAGCAGGUCCAUGUCGCUACCUACACUGAGCAUAGUAUGUUGAGUGCUGAUGAAGACUCACCUUCUUCUCCCGAGGACACCUCGUAUGAUGAUUCAGACAUACUCAAUUCCACAGCGGCUGAUGAGGUAACAGCCCAUCUGGCUGCUGCAGGUCCUGUGGGAAUGGCUGCUGCUGCUGCUGUGGCAACAGGAAAGAAACGGAAACGGCCUCACGUGUUUGAGUCUAAUCCAUCUAUCCGGAAGAGACAGCAGACACGUUUGCUUAGGAAACUUCGAGCCACGUUAGAUGAAUAUACUACUCGAGUGGGACAGCAAGCUAUUGUCCUUUGUAUCUCACCCUCCAAACCCAACCCUGUCUUUAAAGUGUUUGGUGCAGCACCUUUGGAGAAUGUGGUGCGUAAGUACAAGAGCAUGAUCCUGGAAGACCUGGAGUCUGCCCUGGCAGAGCACGCCCCUGCGCCACAGGAGGUUAACUCAGAACUGCCGCCUCUCACCAUCGAUGGAAUUCCCGUCUCUGUGGACAAAAUGACCCAGGCCCAGCUUCGGGCAUUUAUUCCAGAGAUGCUGAAGUACUCCACAGGUCGGGGAAAACCAGGUUGGGGUAAAGAAAGCUGCAAGCCCAUCUGGUGGCCUGAAGAUAUCCCAUGGGCAAACGUUCGGAGUGAUGUCCGCACAGAAGAGCAAAAGCAGAGGGUUUCAUGGACCCAGGCACUACGGACCAUAGUUAAAAACUGUUAUAAACAGCAUGGGCGAGAGGACCUUUUGUAUGCUUUUGAAGAUCAGCAAACACAAACACAGGCCACAACCACACACAGUAUAGCCCAUCUGGUACCAUCACAGACCGUAGUCCAGACCUUUAGUAACCCUGAUGGCACUGUCUCACUUAUCCAGGUUGGUACAGGGGCAACAGUAGCCACAUUGGCUGAUGCUUCAGAAUUGCCAACCACAGUCACUGUUGCCCAAGUGAAUUAUUCUGCUGUGGCUGAUGGAGAGGUGGAACAAAAUUGGGCCACGUUACAAGGAGGUGAGAUGACCAUCCAGACGACGCAAGCAUCAGAGGCCACCCAGGCGGUGGCAUCACUGGCAGAGGCCGCAGUGGCAGCUUCUCAGGAGAUGCAACAGGGAGCCACAGUCACCAUGGCACUCAACAGGUGCAAAUGGAACAAGCACCUGCACCUCUGCUGCACUGUAAACAGCAGAUGUGGGCACAGCAUGAAGAGAGAGAGGCAGGGUGCAUGGAAUGGCAGCGAAGCUGCUGCCCAUGCUGUCGCCACCCUGGCCGAGGCCACCUUGCAAGGGGGUGGACAGAUCGUCCUGUCUGGGGAAACCGCAGCAGCCGUCGGAGCACUUACUGGAGUCCAAGAUGCUAACGGAGUAAUCACCGGUUCUACCCAAUUCUGGAAGACCCCUCGAGGACUGGUCCAGAUCCCUGUGAGCAUGUACCAGACUGUGGUAACCAGCCUCGCCCAGGGCAAUGGGCCAGUGCAGGUGGCCAUGGCCCCUGUGACCACCAGGAUAUCGGACAGCGCAGUCACCAUGGACGGCCAGGCUGUGGAGGUGGUGACGUUGGAACAGUGACAUGCAGCCAUAUCAUGGCAUCGUUUUCUAGUCUACUUCAAAAUUUUUUACACAUUUGCAGAGGUGCAAUCAAAUGGAAUUAAGUCUCUUGACUUUGGAAGAAAAGUUUUGUUAACCUUUUUUUUAAAAAGGAAGAAAGACAGCGGAUUUUGGAAUUGCAUUUUUUUAAAGCACCACUCUUGAUUUUCUGGGAUUGGUGGAACAAGAUACUGCAUUGUCAAUUUCACUGUCCCAAAAAAGCCAAAUUGUGGCAGGACUUCUUUCUGCGGAAACAUGUGUCUAUAUUUCUGUGUGUGUAUGUGUGAGUGUGAAUAUAUGUAUAUGUGUACAUAUGGAUAUACACAUUUACAUAUAUAUAUAAAGUAUAUAUAUAUAUAUGUGUGUGUGUGUAUGUAUAUAUAUAUAUAUAUAUAUAUAUAUAUAUAUAUAUAUGAAACCCGCAUGGAAUUAUCUGUAUGAAAUCAAGGUGAGCUGUGGAAAAAAUAAUUCACCCAGUUUAGUGGGUGUUGGGUACGUGGCCAGACACAGCCACCAGUUUUUGUUCAUACCAGGGUCAUGCGUUGAGCUACUGACAGACUCAGGCGGAGGUGACCAUGUCCUUCACCAAAGCUGCCUCCCAGUGGCCACCCAGAACCCUCCCUGCUGGACUCACCUGAGGAAGGAUGUUCCAGAACGGGGUGAGGUCUAGAAAAUGUGCUUGCAAGGUCCAGGGGCCCUGUGGUCUGGCAGCUGAGGCGCUCCUUGGGCUGGCCCAGGUGCUGACCUUGCCACGGGCAAGCGAAUGUCCUUGAAGCUCCCAGGCAGGGACGAGAGGGUUUUUCCUCAGCCUCCCAUCUCCUCCCCUCCCCAGGAAACCUUGAUCUCAUGACUAUUAACACGUCGCUUUGGUUUUAAGGUCAGUCCUGAAUUGGUCAUGUAUAUGAACUGAAGGUAACAGAAGUAUUAAGGAUUUGAGGAGUGCGUGCGUGUUAAGUGUGCUUGGGUGUGUGUAUGGUGGGGAGAGAAUGGGAGGGGGGGUGGGAGGGGUUGGAAGGGGAAAGGAAGGAGGGAGAGAAAAAUCUACAAAGACCAGGGUACAUCAAUGGGAGCAAUUUUUUCCUUUCCUGUAACUUUCUGUAGCUUAACAGAGGAGACUGGCUGACGGGGCACCUGGCGCGAGGAAGGCUGGCCAUCACGCUGAGAGGCAUUAGAGAGAAGAGGGCAAGGGUGCUUCCUGUGCUCCUGGAUCAGACCCUGUUUCAGAAGGGACCCCGCAGUUUUCCCAGGUGCAUCGUGCUGGGCCUAGGCCCCGCACAGCUUUCUUUCUCACAGGUGUUGAUUGGUCCGGACGUUCUCUGUAACUAAAGUCUGUGAUUUCUCAGCUGCAAGCCCUGAGUCUCCAGUGGCUAAGUUCACCUGACUUUUUGACAGGCCAAAUCUCUGCUCCUUGACUACAGGGACAACUCUUCCUCCCUCCUCACGGGCCCCCCAUGUGUGAUAGUGUAUUUAAUGUGUUUUUUUUUUUUAAAUGGGACAUUAAAAGAUUCUUCACGUCUUGCUCAGCCUUUGAGAAAAGUUUCAGAUUCUUGUAUUUGCUUGUUUUAUAUAAAACUAUCCAAUGUUCUUUGUAUUUUUUUUCUGUAUGUAAUGGGGGGCGGGAAGGGAAAUUUACAUAAAACAGUCCUAGUUCUACAAUUUGUUAUUUUUUUAUUAUUAUUUUUUAUCGUCGUUGUGAAACUGUCCAGGGGCUUUAAAGUCCUGUGUUCCAUUGUGGUGAAAUAACUUCCUAAUAGUUUGAAAAAUUGCCAAGAAGAAGAAGAAAAGCAA